AUGUAUACCUUUACCUUUACCGAACCUAUUAUUACAAAAUGGAGAAUAUGGUUCAAUGCUGCACUUUUCUAUGCAACCAAUUUUGAAAAGUUUAAAAACGUGAUUGAAAGUUUAAGAGAUGAUGCUAUAAGUGUCGAAAAACUGAAACAGCUUGUACAAAAUAAUGCAGUCAAAUGUGAUUUAGCAUUCAAAAAUUUACACUUGUCCGAGUUAUCCAUGAGUCUUAACAAUUUAGAAGAAUCUAAUAGUGAACUACCGAAAAGCAUGGAUAUUUUUAGAAAAAUUGAAGAUAUUUUAACAAAUAUUACUGGUAUAAAUGGGAAAAAAAUUAAAGAAAAAUUAAUGUAUGUAAUUGAAAAAAAAUGA